UAUCUUAAUCUGGCGCAACGCCCAACUCCCGUGACAUCAUUCGACACGUUCGCACUUAGGAAUCCGACGGUUCCAUCACAACAACCUGAUCGCAGCGCGAUACCGGCGAUAAGCUCACUGCAACCCUCAGAUCAUUAGCCAGAGCGCCCUUGGGUUUUGGUCAGCCACUUUACGACAGUCUACGAAUGCCUGCGCCUCAAAGCCUCACCUCAUCUUCUUUACCACACCUGACCCAGACCUAUCAAAAUGAAGUACCUACCGCUGCAAGACUUCGACGCCGUCACUGGCGCUCUGAACUUCAACACCCCCGAUUGCAAUGUCACUGGCGGAUGCGAUCUGUAUACGACCAAGUCGACCGGCUCCGACAAGAAACUAUAUAAAAACAUUGACAAGGAUCUGAGCUCACAACAUGCCGCCCUGCUGAAGCUCGGCGCCAGCCUGUCGCCGCCGGACCGCGAAGCCAUGCUGGCAACGUCUCCCAACAUGCAAAUGUUCUCGCACUCGAGCGCGUUUGGUCCCUUAUCGGAGCUUUCAAGUCGUCGCACAUUUGCCUACCUGAUCGCGACCCUGAACGCGAGCCAUCAGCACUACGACUUUUCUCACGUUCUAAGACCAGGCGACUUCAAAAAGGAGAGAAAUCUGCGGCGGGUGAUGGGAAACCUGGACUCGAUCCUGCAGAAUGUCAGACCCCAUGUUGAGGCUCACCCAAUCGAGCAGGCCACGUCUUCGGAGACGAAGCCGGUGUGGGGCCCACACUGCUGGUCCAAGAUCGAUAAGGAGAUGCGCCUGAACGAGUGCACCGUCUUCAGCUACAACCCGGAUGUCGACCCAUUUGAAGAGGAUGAGUCUGCAAUCUGGGCCGCUCACUAUUUCUUCUUCAAUCGCGCGUUGAAGCGAGUCGCCUAUCUUUACGUGCGAGUCGUUCCCGUCGUUUCUUCACAAUCGCCGCGCUUGCAACCGGCGCUUUCCGGUUCUGUAAAGCGGACGCGCGGUGCCCAGUUUGACGCACUGGGUGCCAACAAGCGCGCCAAGUACUGGCUCGGUAACCGUGACGCCGAACUGGUAGCACCCGACGAAGACGACGAGCAAAGUGACGGCUUCCUAUGGAAUCGAGGUGCCGACGGCGACUUAGUCCCGUUUUCCGACGACGACUACACUGAAGAGCGCUUCUUCUACGACGAAGAGGAGGACGACGAGACCGACUCUGACCCGAAGAGUCCGGUACGGCGCAUGAGCGAGGACGUCGUGGCCCACAUGGAGAUCUGAGGACUACUCCACACUGGCGCAUGACCUGUUCACGCUUCCCCGUUUCUCUCAUGUUUUCAGAGCCAUUAUGACGAAACGGAGUCACUGAUUCAACACCGCUUAUCAGAGCUUGCAAGGGUAGCUCUCUACACCCGCUGAAGCACAACAACUCCACACUGAUGAAGUUGUCACGGCCAGCUCACGACAUGGGCACCAUUCAACGGCCCAUUGUCUUUCAAUUUAUUUUUGUUUUCCCUUUUUUACGUUCGAGUA